AUGAGUGAACCUACUGAUACGCCAGUGGCAGCUAUCGCAUCGCUCGCCAAUCCCGCGGGAGCCAAUAACUUUCUCAUAUGGUACAACGACAGCACGACAGCACAGCUUCUGGCUCUGACGAAUGCCUAUGUUGGUUUCGGUGAUGGCGGUUCGGCCAUCGAGCAUAAGCCUCACGACCUUGAACUCAACUUUGGGCCGGCGGAUGUCCCGUCUGGUAACAUCCUGGCCACGUCGGCACUGACUGCCGCCGUACACCACGGCACGCUCAACGUUUAUGGUGUCUUGGCUGCAAAGCAAGGUGGUUCACUUGUUUGCAGACUCAGCCCUGGCUUCCUUCUACUCAAUGUCGGCUCCCCUCCGCUCGCCAGCGCCUUCAGCAUCGCCGCAUGCAGUGACCUAAACAACAAUGGCGUGCUGUUCUUCCUAGGAGAUAAAGGAAACGGGAACGUCCGUCUCUACAGCCUCGAGCUACCAGGCGUGGUCCCAUCCCCCUCACAAGUUUCGCUCUCUCUUAUCUUUAAUGCAGCGAGCUAUCUGGGCGCUGCAUACGGUACUCUGCCAAAUACGACCCCCCAGGCUUUCGCUGUCGUCCAGGACAGCGAUGGAGCACUGCACUUGACAUCUGCCGAUGGCAACAUUCAGAAACAAGUCAACGGCGGGAAGAAAGCGCUGAUGAACACCCCGAUUGCCGCACUCUUCAUCGACAAGCGACUCGUCGUCUACUGGUUCGACCCCGUAGGAUCUAGCGGCACAACUGACGGCUCACCGCUUAUGCGCGCAACCCUUCGCGGGCCGGGCGACGAUUUCACUGUCAAGACGCUGACGGCCGCUCCCACGCCCAAUGGCUAUACACAGCUGACGGCCUUUGUCAAUCCAGCCUCAGUCUCUGUCGGCGGCGGUUCGGGUACUGCGCUCAUCACAUACGUGCAGAAUAGUAGUAACACGCUAACUACUUAUCCCGAUCACCUUGAGUCCAAUGACUAA